AUGGAGUUCCCGCUUUCCGUUAAUUUUGUGAACAAUACGAACAGUUCCCUCCCAAGUGAGUCGCCAUGCAGUGAGACAGUUGUGCACAGAUCGAGCUUUAUCGAAAGCAAAUGGAACCAGCUUCUGGAUGUUAUCGGUGAUGAUCCCGACGUGCUGUACGUGUGGUUCCUGACGGCCUACUCAUAUUCCCUGUUCUGGCUCAUCGGAUCACUGUUCACGGCCAUGGAUCUUACCGGGAGACCACGCGCCCUCCGCAAGUACAAGGUGCAGCCGGGAACCAACGAGCCGCUGUCGUGGGAUCGGUUCAAGCAGCUCGUGCGAAAUGUGCUGCGCAAUCAGCUAGUGUUUGGUAUUCCUACGUCGUGGCUUAUGUACCAUGGCCGGAAACUGUUCCCCACCGUGAUCCCGCCCCUGCGAGUACUACCAACGCCGUACGUGAUCGUCCGGGACAUCCUGGUGUGCAUCGUUUCCUGGGAGAUCGGCUAUUACUAUACGCACCGGGUGCUGCACCAUCGGCUUAUGUACCGACAUUUCCAUAAGCAGCACCACGAGUGGCGUUCGCCCGUCGCCCUGGCCGCCAUGUACUCCCAUCCGGUCGAGUACGUUCUGAGCGAUCUGAUUCCCGUGUAUCUCGGCCCGGCCCUCAUGACAUGCCACUUGUUUACCAUGCUUAUCUGGCUCACAUACGUCAUCGUGGACACGCUCGUCGAUCAUUCGGACUACCAUCUGCCGUUCUUGGCGAGCUCGGAGUUUCACGACUACCAUCACUUCAACUUCAACCAGUGUUUCGGGAAUUCGGGACUAUGGGACCUUGUCCACGGUACGGCGAAAGAGUUUUUGAAGAAAAAACAGUUUAAACGACAUCGGCGACUGUUUGGGUUCAAGUCAGCGCACGAGUGCAUACCGGAUAAGUCCAACUAG